AUGUGUAUACAGAGACUGAGGUAUGCACAGGAAAAGCAACAGUCAUUGGCCAAGAAAUCUCGCCGGGAUGUAGCUCAACUGUUGAGCGAAGGGAAAGAAUUGAAGGCCCAUUAUAGAAUUGAGACUUUGAUCAAUGAAGAUGUACACGAGGAACUUUUGGACAUCCUUGAACUUUACUGUGAGCUAUUGCAUGCCAGAAUCGCUUUGGUCAACAAUGUCACGGAUGAGGUUGAUUUGAUAGAAAACCAUGUGGAUGACGGAAUUAACGAAGCCAUCAGAGCUGUCAUUUACGCUGUUCUGCAUGCACCCGAGAUCAAAGAACUGCAACAAGUCAGGGACUUGUUGACGUUCAAGUUUGGUCAAGAUUUUUAUAGGGCAAUUGUGGACGAAAAAGUCGGUGUCCCGGAAAAGGUCUUGAAAAAGUGCAGCCCCAACUUGCCGAGUGAAGAAUUGGUGACUUUGUAUUUACGAGAGAUCGCUACUGCUUAUGAGGUACCCUAUAGCAAAUCAGAAAAGCCAGCAUUGGACGAUUCAGCAGAAAAAGAAACUGUCUCUUCACCUGAAGAUUCCGGCUCCGACGAUGGUAAGCCCAUUGUGGCUCUAGAUAGUGGGUCAGUAUCGGGUAACAAACAUCCAAUCACGGUUCAGAGACCUCGCAAAAACAGUGACAACAUUGGUGUGGAUUUGAAGGUUCCUCCGAGCAUUAAGAAGGACAUUAGAGUCAAAACCACCAAGGAAAAUGUAAAUGACACGGAUUUGGAUGAGUUGAAGAAAAGAUUUGCUGCUCUUCGCAGAUAG